AUGGCCGUUCCAUACGGUCUUAGUACUACAUUUUACAUAUCGCUAGCAAACGGACAAUCAGUUACUGUUAUCUGGGGUUGGGUAUUACUCUCCCUUCUUUCGACUGCCAUCGCUGCUUCGCUCGCCGAAAUCUGUUCCGUAUAUCCUACCGCGGGUGGCGUUUACUACUGGGCCGCAUUAUUAUCAACGCCUCGAUGGGCCCCGAUUGCGAGUUGGAUCACAGGAUGGCUGACGCUGGUUGGUAACUGGACCGUCACCCUCUCUAUCAACUUCGGUGGUGCUCAAUUGAUUCUCAGUGCCAUUUCGCUAUGGGACGAGGAGUUUGUUGCCAACGCAUGGCAGACCAUACUUAUGUUUUGGGCUGUUAUGCUCGUGUGCUACUUGAUUAAUAUUUUUGGUUCUAAAUAUUUAGAUCUUAUCAACACCGUCUGUAUAUACUGGACUGGUGCCUCUAUCCUCAUCAUCUUGAUCGUUCUCCUGGUCAUGUCGCCGAGCAAAAGAAGUGGCGAGUUCGUGUUUGCACAUUAUGAUGCCUCGGCGUCGGGCUGGCCAACCGGCUGGUCAUUCUUCGUUGGACUAUUGCAACCUGCAUAUGUGUUGACGGGAUACGGUAUGGUCGCAGCCAUGUGCGAGGAAGUACAGUCGCCUGAGCGCGAAGUUCCCAAGGCUAUCGUCUUGUCGGUCGUGGCGGCCGGUCUUACAGGUCUUAUCUAUUUAAUUCCGGUCCUUUUCGUGCUACCGGAUGUCCAAACACUCCUUGAGGUCGCGAACGGUCAGCCAAUUGGUCUCAUUUUCAAGACGGCAACAGGAAGUGCCGGGGGUGGCUUCGGAUUACUAUUCCUUAUCCUGGGUAUUUGGUUAUUUGCCGGCGUUGGUGCGUUGACGGCUUCAAGUCGUUGUACUUACGCUUUUGCACGCGACGGCGCUAUCCCUGGCUCUGGUCUCUGGAGUAAAGUCGAUAAGCGGUUCGAUAUCCCGUUAUGGGCUCUCACUCUAUCAGCGAUCGUAGAUUGCUUAUUAGGCCUCAUUUACUUCGGUUCAUCGGCAGCAUUCAGCAGCUUCACGGGAGUUGCUACGAUAUGUCUCUCGACGUCGUACGGACUACCAAUUCUAGUUUCCGUUAUGCGCGGUCGGAAGCAGCUAGAACAUGCUUCAUUUUCGCUUGGUCGUUUUGGUUUUAUUAUCAAUGUGACAACGCUGCUAUGGAUUAUCCUUGCCAUCUUCUUAUUCUGCAUGCCGACUAAUCUCACCGGGCUGAACGCUUCUUCCAUGAAUUAUGCUAGUGUGGUAUUUGCAGGCUUCGCUGCUAUUAGUAUCAUCUGGUAUUUUGCAUGGGGCCGCAAACACUUCUCUGGACCACCGGUCUUGAAGUCUGAAAUGGUUGAUCAUGGUGUAGGGGUUGUUAGGGGACAAUCUCUAGACGAGGAGGUGGGAGCAAAGGAAGCAAGCACCAAAGAAGGGUCUGAUUCGAAGAUUGUAUGA